AUGGCAAUUAGUAAUGUAUUUGAUCUUGUUGAUGCAAUACUAUAAUUAGUUACUUUUAUUAACGACAUAUCCAGACUCGAUGUUAAUAUUUCAAUCGGAAUGGUUUGCAGAAUUAUAUUUUUUAUUGUCGUUAUAAGCAUGCGAGAUCUAAGGACAUACCCUGUGGGGGAAUUUAUUGCAUAGGUCGUCGCAUGGUUUGUUUUUCAUAUCUACAUCUUGUACUAUGAAAAACAAUAUUUCUUAACUGGGAUAUCAGAUGUAUUUGAUAGAGAAAUACAUUUUAAAAUUAUGGAUACUAUAUAACUGAUAAUUGCUACAAUAUACUUAGGAUGGACUUUUAAUUCUACGAUAGAAAUUGUUGCUUUAGUGUUUUUUAUAACAAAUCUGGUUUUAAAUUUUUUAGAAUUAAUAUACAUUGCAGGUAUUAGAUAGUCUCAUCAGUAAAAUUACAAUAAAUAAGGAGGAUAUACUUAAAUGUACAUUGGUUUUUUUUUGGGAGCUGUAGGAGUUAUAAUAUUUUUAAUCGACGCGGCAUCUAAAUAUUCAGAAGAUGUUCGAGCUUCAGGAAUUUUAACAGCUAUCUUAUAUCUAACUAUUAUUGGAUAAUUUAUUGUAGUGAUUUUUUCUUUAUGCUAUUUUUGUGUUGAUAGAGAAGAAUUUAAAUGGUCAAAUCAUUGGUCGAAAGGAAUUUUAGGAUUUUUAUAUGGCGCAAAUGUUGGAUUAUUUAGUAUUUUUUACGGAUUUUUAACUGGUUUAGCAACACUUUGUUACAUCAUCUAUCUCGUAUCGAAGAAAAUUGAUGAAUAUAAUAGAUAAUAAUAAGUGCAUCCAGCUGGCACUGAAUGA